AAAACCGGAACGAUCUAUAAAAAUACACCAUUUGUAAUUUUUUAACAGUGAAGAGUUCGUUGCCAACCGGAAGUGUUGCCAAGUGUUGUCAAACUUUCUUCGCGAAGUUUAUUUUGAUCAAAUCUCGAGUAAAAUGAAUAUUUUACCCCAUAAAAGUUGGCAUGUUCGAACCAAGAAGAACAUUGAACGCGUGCGACGAGAUGAAGAAAAAGCUGCCGAAGAAGAAAAAGAGAAGCAACGGAGGGUUGCUCUAGCUGAACAAGAGGCAAGGACUGAAAUUUUACGAGCAAAAGUACGACAAAAGGGUAUUGAAGAAAAUCCAGAGAACACAGUUUCUGAAGCUGUACCAGGACAGAGACACAUCAACUUUUUCUCUGCCAUACAAAAUGAAGAGGAAUCCAGUAAUAGGAAAAACAAAGAACAUGAAGCUGAGGAGAAGAGCAAGAAAGAGGAAUGGGAGAAGAAAAUCGGUUUGCUCACCUACCUUGGUCAAAGUGCUGUGGAGUCUCAGACCGUACCACCUUGGUAUCUUGACAAGAAACUUAAGAAGCAGGAAGCAAUAUGUUCAGACAAAAAACAGAAGCUUAGUGAUUUAGCCGACCCAUUACACGAAAUGGAGAAAUACUUGAAACACAAACAUCACAAGAAGCACAAGCAUGACAAGAAGAAAAACAAGAAAAGCAAGACGAAAUCAUCAUCAUCAUCAUCCUCGAAAUCUUCUUUAGAACAGCUCCGAGCGGAACGCCUACGAAGGGAGAACAAAGAGAAGGAGAAAGCUAAAAUGUUGUUUGCUAAGAUGAACAAGGGAUCAGUCCCCGAAAAGAGCAGUGAGACUAUCGUUGACCCCGACAGAGACAGACGAUACAGUAGCCAAUAUAACCCUUCUUUUGCACGGCAGAAUAAACCCAGGAACUAACGGCAGUGGUGGUGGUCGUUUAACCAACCAGAUCAGCCCCGAUUCCAGUGAUGACCAUCCCUUCGUAUUUUUUCAGGGAUGGUGUACCUUGGACUCUAUUAUCCAAAGGGUUCUCUUUGUUUUUUGAUUCCAGUGAUGACCAUCCCUUCAUAUUUUUUUAGGGAUGAUUUACCUUGGACUCUAUUAUUCAAAGGGUUCUCUUUGUUUUUUGAUUCCAGUGACGACCAUCCCUUCGUAUUUUUUCAGGGAUGGUGUUCUUUGGACUCUAUUAUCCAAAGGGUUCUCUUUUUUUUAAAACAGAUGAGUGUGUGCUUCGAGAAACAUUUGACUGCUAUUUCUAGCAGGUCAAACACCCACAUCUAUACUGAUCUAUGGACUUCAAAUUAAAAAGUUGAUUGUGUAGCCCUGAUGGAGUGGGCCUUUGGUCAGUGGUUUCCUAGCUGGAAGCAUAUCCAUUCUAUCCUUCUCUUUUGUCAAAACAGUAAGGUGUGAUUUGGUUGCUAUUUUUAGCAAGUUGAUCAACCACAUACAAUUUGUAGACCCCUUUGGCUCCAACUUGACUGGGAUGGACCCUCUUAGCCAUUCACUGUUAAUAAACAUUUUUUUUUUUAAAUAUUAGGUGCAGGCAUGGCUGUGUGGUAAGAAGCUUGCUUCACAACCACAUGGUUACAGGUUCAAUCUCACUGCAUGGCACUUUGGGCAAAUGUCUUUUAUUAUAGCCUUGGGCUGACCAAAGCCUUGUGAGUGGAUUUGGUAGACAGUAUUAAUGUCUACCAAAUCUGCUCACAAGGCUUUGGUCAUCAUUUUACAAUUUGGAGCAUGCUCUUGGGGUCACUGGAGUGGCGAAGAGAUAAUAUAUUUAAUUUUUGUCUUUGGUUUGCAAGAUUCUUGAUGUGGACUUGUGUGUUGAAACAGGUUUCGUUGUACUGUGGGUGGGUUAUUAUGCCAAUAAUAAACACAUGCGCUGUUUCAAUUUCA